AUGACUGGUGCGGACGAGACUCUUGUGGCCGCGACUGCGGUCUUGCAGUCUCUGGCCAGAGACGAGCCUACCGCUGGCUCAUCUUCCCCUCCUUUUGAUUUUCAAUUUCCUUCAAGCAACGGUGCCAAAUCUUCCACACUCCCCGGAGAUCCGAGUCCUGCAAAGGCUGCCUUCGAGGCCGAGUUGGAGGCCUUGGUGCGCCGAGUGCACCACCUGGAAUUCCAAGCUGUCAGUCAUCACACGUUCCCCGACAAUCCCCAGCAGACCACCCUGGCUGCUCUCGGAUCCAACGAGAAGAACCCAGACUUUUUGUGGACCUUUGGGCUCGAUCGCUUGUCCGAACCCCCCUCGGGCCCCGAAGAGCAAGUGCAAGAGCAACCGCCCCCGACUGUGGACCUUGACGAUGACGAAACCGACGAGGAGGACGAAACUGGAGCCCGCACCCGGGUCGUUCGCGAACAAGAUAUCAGCAUCCUGCGAAACCAUGUGCAAAAGCAGGCCGAGGAAAUCAGCUUCCAGAAGGACAUCAUUGCGCAGGUCCGCGACGAACUGCUGAAACAAGAGGAGCACACCCGCCGUGCCCUCACCAAGGUUGAAAACGAGGAUGUCGUCCUUCUGGAACGCGAAUUACGCAAACAUCAACAGGCAAACGAGGCCUUCCAGAAGGCUUUGCGAGAAAUCGGUGGUAUUAUUACGCAGGUCGCCAACGGUGACCUCUCGAUGAAGGUCCAAAUUCAUCCCCUGGAGAUGGACCCGGAAAUCGCUACUUUCAAACGAACAAUUAACACCAUGAUGGACCAGCUACAAGUUUUCGGUAGUGAAGUAUCUCGAGUCGCCCGUGAGGUCGGAACUGAAGGAAUACUAGGUGGACAGGCACAAAUCACCGGUGUCCAUGGUAUCUGGAAGGAACUUACUGAAAACGUGAACAUUAUGGCCAAAAACUUAACGGAUCAGGUGCGAGAAAUCGCUACUGUUACAACUGCUGUCGCGCACGGUGAUCUCAGUCAGAAGAUUGAAAGCCGUGCUCAAGGUGAAAUUCUCGAACUGCAACAAACAAUUAAUACCAUGGUGGACCAGCUUAGAACAUUCGCAACCGAAGUCACACGAGUCGCUCGUGAUGUCGGUACGGAAGGUGUGCUGGGAGGUCAAGCUCAAAUAGAAGGUGUCCAGGGAAUGUGGAACGAACUCACGGUCAAUGUCAACGCAAUGGCCAAUAAUCUGACAACGCAAGUACGAGAUAUCGCUACUGUCACUAAGGCCGUCGCCAAGGGUGACCUGACACAGAAGGUGCAAGCGAACUGCCGAGGUGAAAUUGCUGAGCUCAAGGAUAUUAUCAAUUCCAUGGUGGACCAGCUGCGACAAUUUGCACAGGAAGUCACCAAGAUCGCCAAGGAGGUCGGUACAGACGGUGUACUUGGUGGUCAAGCCACAGUGAACGACGUCGAAGGCACUUGGAAGGAUCUCACUGAGAACGUCAAUCGAAUGGCUAAUAACCUGACGACUCAAGUUCGUGAGAUUGCUGAUGUCACUACGGCUGUUGCCAAGGGUGACCUGACCAAGAAGGUCACAGCCAAUGUCCAGGGUGAAAUUCUUGACCUGAAGAGCACUAUCAACGGCAUGGUUGACCGUCUAAACACUUUCGCUUUCGAGGUCAGCAAGGUCGCCCGUGAGGUCGGUACCGAUGGUACUCUAGGAGGCCAGGCAAAGGUCGACAAUGUGGAAGGAAAAUGGAAGGAUCUUACCGACAACGUCAACACCAUGGCCCAGAACCUGACAUCCCAAGUGCGAAGUAUAUCCGAUGUCACUCAGGCCAUUGCCAAGGGUGACCUGAGCAAGAAGAUUGAAGUACACGCCCAAGGAGAGAUUCUUACCCUCAAGGUCACCAUCAAUCACAUGGUGGGUCGGCUGGCUAAGUUCGCCAUGGAACUCAAAAAGGUCGCCCGCGAUGUCGGUGUCGAUGGUAAAAUGGGUGGACAAGCCAAUGUUGAAGGAAUUGCAGGUACUUGGAAAGAGAUCACGGAGGACGUCAACACCAUGGCCGAGAAUCUCACAUCCCAAGUGCGUGCUUUUGGUGAAAUUACGGAUGCCGCGACAGAUGGAGAUUUCACCAAACUCAUUACUGUCAAUGCUUCCGGUGAGAUGGACGAACUGAAGCGCAAGAUCAACAAGAUGGUUUCCAAUCUGCGGGAUAGUAUUCAGCGAAACACUGCCGCCAGGGAGGCUGCCGAACUUGCCAAUCGCACCAAGUCCGAGUUCCUGGCCAAUAUGUCGCACGAGAUCAGAACCCCGAUGAAUGGUAUCAUCGGAAUGACGCAACUCACGUUGGAUACCGAUGACUUGAAACCAUACACUCGAGAGAUGCUGAAUGUUGUACACAAUUUGGCCAACAGUUUGCUCACGAUCAUCGACGAUAUACUAGAUAUCUCGAAGAUUGAAGCCAACCGAAUGGUCAUUGAAAGCAUUCCGUUCACCGUGCGUGGCACUGUUUUCAAUGCUCUGAAGACACUGGCUGUCAAGGCAAAUGAGAAGUUCCUGAGCCUGACGUAUCAAGUCGACAAUACGGUACCCGACUAUGUUAUUGGUGAUCCAUUCCGUCUACGCCAAAUUAUCCUCAAUCUGGUUGGAAAUGCCAUCAAAUUUACAGAGCAUGGUGAGGUCAAACUCACCAUCCGCAAAUCGGAUCGUGAACAAUGUACCACCAACGAAUAUGCCUUCGAAUUCUCCGUCUCCGACACGGGUAUUGGUAUUGAGGAAGACAAGUUGGACCUGAUCUUUGAUACCUUCCAACAGGCCGAUGGUUCCACAACUCGUCGAUUCGGUGGCACAGGCCUUGGUUUGUCCAUCUCCAAGCGAUUGGUCAAUCUCAUGGGCGGUGAUGUCUGGGUCACCUCCGAGUACGGUCAUGGAAGUACAUUCCACUUCACCUGCGUCGUCAAACUUGCCGACCAAUCAUUGAAGGUUAUUUCAUCUCAACUUAUGCCGUACCGUGACCACCGAGUCCUCUUCAUCGACAAAGGACAGAAUGGAAUCCAGGCGGCUAAUGUCAUGAAAAUGCUGAAGCAAAUUGACUUGGAGCCACUGGUUGUGCGGAAUGAAGAACAUGUCCCACCACCUGAGAUUCAGGACCCCUCCGGAAAGGAGUCGGGCCAUGCGUACGAUGUCAUCAUUGUGGACUCCGUCGACACCGCUCGGAUUUUGCGAACUUUCGAUGAGUUCAAGUAUAUUCCUAUCGUGUUGGUCUGUCCCUUGGUAUGCGUGAGCCUGAAGUCCGCUCUGGAUCUUGGUAUCAGCUCAUAUAUGACGACACCCUGCCAACCCAUCGAUCUGGGCAAUGGCAUGCUACCAGCUCUUGAAGGCCGCUCGACCCCGAUCACUACCGACAACUCCCGCUCCUUCGACAUUCUUCUUGCCGAGGAUAACGAUGUGAACCAGCAACUUGCGAUGAAGAUUCUUCAAAAACACAACCACAACGUCUUUGUCGUCGGCAACGGUCUUGAGGCCGUUGAGGCCGUCAAGAAGCGCCGCUAUGACGUUAUCCUCAUGGACGUUCAAAUGCCUGUCAUGGGAGGAUUUGAAGCGACAGGCAAGAUUCGCGAGUAUGAACGGGAGAGCGCAUUGCAGCGGACACCAAUCAUUGCUCUCACAGCACACGCCAUGUUGGGAGAUCGUGAAAAGUGCAUCCAGGCCCAAAUGGACGAGUAUCUGUCCAAACCACUCAAGCAGAAUCAAAUGAUGCAGACCAUUCUCAAGUGUGCUACGCUCGGUGGCUCGCUUCUCGAAAAGAGCAAGGAGUCUCGGAUCUCCAGCAGCGGAGAAAUGCACCCGAUUCAUUCCUCCGUUCCGUCCGACAAUCAGAAUCAGCAACUGCAGCAACAGUCUCAAAAUAAGAUGCCCUUGCCAGCUCCCAUGCGGCCGAGUGCUGAGACUCGCUCCGUCACCUCCUCCGGUCCGAUCACUCGAGGAAGCGUAGUGGGUCCAACAGAGGACAAAGACGAAGAGAUGAUCGAUGAUCGGUCAUUACUGCGGUCCAACAGUACCUGA